AUGGUAAUCGACUACGAAAUGCUUGUCUGGCGACAGACCACACAGCAUGAGUGGGAGCGCGAUCUUGAUGAGACGGAGCGUUAUUGGGAACAGGUCGGCUGGCUUCAUGAUAUCAACGGUCGGCGGCCCUUCGAAGUCACUGGGCACGUAUCGUUGGAGAUCGAGACGGACUCAACUACGACCGAAGGCGCUGAGCGGGAGGUCCAUUACGCUAUGGUGCAAGCAUGGUGUGCCAUCCGGCAGGACCACCCGACCAUCGCAUCCUGGGUAGACUACAACUUUGAUUCCGACAGAUUCACCAAGAAAUACUCAGCUAUCAGGAAUGAGAAGGAGAGAAAGGAAUGGAUACGGUCAACUUUGGUAUUCAUCGACACACAUUCUUCUGGUGUCGAGUUCGCCAACUCGGAUCCACCAACCCCGGAGUUACCGACCAUGUUCGUGGUCACUCGUUCUUCUGUCGGCGCUGAAAGUGCAAGAAACACGUGCGUCAGGCGUGACUUAGUAUUUCGAGGUUCUCACUCCAUUAUCGACGGUACAGGAACUCUUCUACUACUGGGAAACUUUCUUCGCCAUUUGUCACAGGCUCUCGACCGCGGUUCUGACUACAGCCUAUCACCACCACUAGAUGGUUCCGAAACCGCCAACCUGAGUCCCCCGUAUCGGAUCGCCGCAGCAGUUCCACCAUCUCCGCCUUCAGAUAUUCAAGAGAGAAUCAGCUUGAUGCACGAACAGCACAUGUAUUUUGGCAAGGGUAUCGGCUUCAGUCGACUGCCUCAACUGCCGUUAUCGUUCCGCAACAAGACCACUCAAGUGCCUGGGAAACACCAACGUGUUGAGAUUGUCAUCAACCAGGCUUCCGUCGCCAAGCUGUUGGUAGUCUGCAAGAGUCUUGGGGCUACAGUCACCCACGUCUUUCACGCUGCGAUCCCUCUCGUUCUCAGAAAUCGGCUAGAAAAGCCGGCGGAACCAACGAGACUCAAGCAUGUUUUUGAUCUCCUCAUCAACGAACGCCCUUUCUGCAAGGAUCCUUACAGCACACCCGCACAUGCUGUAUCGGCCUACCACUCGGGAUCGUCAAGAGGCUCUACGGUGGAGAUCGAUGUGCCGUCCGCUGCAUCGAAGCCAAGCGAUCGAGAGGGCUGCAAAGAGGAGUUCCUGCGCGUUCUUUCAGACGUUCAAGAGUUGUAUUUGUUUGUGCGCAAUGACAAGCAACAGGGCCAACUGGCACCUCACAUUUGGGCCGGCUUCUUAGGGGGUUUGCCCAAACCUCCUAAGAAGCCUCUACCAGGGCCUCCGCCUCGGGAAUUUCCCUCCGCCUCCAUGUCGAGUCUGGGGCAGGUGGAUGCCAUCAUACCGCCACUCUUGGGCCGGAUCGAGACGUACAGACCGUGGGUCACAGGUGAUGAGAUGUCGAAUGGGUACGGUUGUUUCUUGAUCACGCACCGCGGCGAGUUGAGUCUGGCGGCUGCGUACAACGACGCUUGGCAUGAAGCUCAAGAUGUUUUGGGUUUUCUGGAGGAGUGCAAGUGUUUGGUUUUUGAGGCUUUGGAUAUCGACGAUUAA